CUAACUGAAUAUUUUUAACAGUCUAAACCUUCUUCUUUUUGCACACUAAGAAGUGUAAACCAGAACUUGUGAAUAUAAUUAAAUAAAAUACAAGUGUUGGAGUUACUGGCUGUGUUCAUAUUUUUUUGGAAAACGGUUUCUUAAAAAUGGAUGUCAGCGUAUCUAAACUUCCUCAAAAAUCCAAACUCCCUGCUCCCAUGAAUCGUUCAUUGUUUGGGGCAAAUUCGAGCCAUUUGCAAUCUCCACGAACUUACUCGCUUCAAUCCAGACUCAACAAAGAAAAUAAUGCACCCAAACCAAAAGUGACAUUUGAGACAGAUUGUGCUGAGAUGCGAAUGGCAAAAAGAAAGUCCGAGGAACACAGUGAUAAUUCGCAAAACAGCAAACGGUUUAAACCUAACAACCCAAGAGUAAACUCACUCAAAACACAAUCUAUGUCUGUAACUAGAAAAGCAGCAAGAAGAAGUCUAUCAAAUGCAUUAAAGAUUGGUAGAGGUGGAAAACAAGCCCCUGUUCCACCAACACAAGUUGCACCAAGACCAAGAAAACCACUCACAACCACCACAAGUAAAGUUAAUACAGGAAGGCAAGCUUACAAACCAAAAAGAGUCUCUCCAAAUUCUUCAGUAUGCUCUAUCUCUUCGGCACCAGCAAGAAGCAAAACAACUUUUAAACCACCAGCUAAACCUACAGCAAGUACAAGAACAUCUGGAGGCAGUGCAGAGAAAAAAUCAAAGAGGAAAGCUUGGGAUAUAAAGGGACAGCUAGAAGAUGCAAAAGAAGAACUUGCAAAAAAGACGGAAGCCACUAGGAAAAAUGAAGGGGUUUUGGAAAAUAUUCUGCAGAGACUACAGGCUCUUGAAUCUGAGAAACAAGUGAUCGUCCAAGAGAAGCAAACUCUCUCCACCGACGUAAACCGAUUCCAGCAAGACCUGGAUGCAGUUCGCAGCGAAAAACUAAAAAUUGAAACAAAUUUCAGAGAAAAAAUGAACGAAUUUGAGAGAAGGGAGAGACAAAAUAACUUAGAGCGUGAAGACCUUCAGCAACAGCUUCGAGUUUGCCAGAAAUCUCGUGAUGAGUUGGACCUUGAGUGUCGGCAACUACGACGUGAAAAAAUCUUAUUUGCCGACCGCAAUGAUGAACUUGAAAAAGAAUUAAAAGCAACAAGAAGCCUACUUGAAACCACAGAGAUAAAGUUACAAAACCAGUUGAAAAUAUGUGCUAACCAAAGUAAUGAGUUGAUGGUGGGUGAAGAGGAAAGGAGAAAAUUACUCAAUGUUGUUCAAGAACUUAAGGGGAACAUUCGUGUGUUCUGUCGUGUGCGUCCACUGCUUAAAAAAGAAAUAGUUGAAGGUGGAAGUAACGAACAUAUGCAGAUGCCGGGGAAAGCAGGGAAGUCACUUAGUAUUACCAAUGACGGUCAAAAGGUUGUUCCAUUUUCAUUUGAUCGCGUGUUUGGAGAUUCAUCCACACAAGAAGAGGUGUUUGCAGACGUAGCACAGCUAGUGCAAAGUGCAUUAGACGGAUAUAAUGUUUGCAUCUUCGCCUAUGGACAAACUGGUGCUGGUAAAACCUACACCAUGGAAGGCACCAACAGUGAGCAUGAGCUUGGUAUUAUACCAAGAUCUGUCAAACUUAUAUUUAAAAAGUGUGAGGAACUGAACAAGUUUGGUUGGGUGUACAAGCUAUCAGUACAGCAUGUUGAAAUUUACCGAGAGGUUUUACAAGAUUUACUUCAGACUGAAUCUGGUGUUAAACUGGAUAUCAGAACUACCAAAGCUUCAAAGAAAAACUCAGUCUGGGUGAACGGUCUAACUGAACAUGAGGUUACCAAUUAUAACAUGGUCCAGGCAUUGCUAAGACAAGCCAAUCAAAAACGAGCGACUGCAGCUACAAACGCAAACGACCGAUCUUCACGAUCCCAUUCUGUAUUCAUGCUCAAAAUUGUGGCGACUAAUGAACUUACUGGGGAAGAACACGAUUCUGUAUUGAACCUGAUAGAUCUUGCUGGAUCAGAAAGAGUUGCUGAGAGUGGAUCAUGUGGUACAAGGCUGAAGGAGGCUCAGAAAAUUAAUGGCUCACUGUCCGAACUAAGUAAUGUCAUAUCAGCUCUUGCAAAUAAGGACAGUCACGUUCCUUUCCGCAAUUCUAAACUCACCUUUUUGCUCAUGGACAGCUUAGGUGGUAAUAGUAAAACCCUCAUGCUCGUAAAUGUUAACCCGACUAAAAAAGCUGCCAACGAAACAAUCAACACCUUGCGUUUCGCGACAACAGUUAACAAGUGUAACAUCGGCACAGCACAGAAAGUCGUGAAAUUUCAGUGAUAUAAAAUUUAUAACGUAUAGUUUUAACAGAAUGUCCAUGCGUUGUUAAAGUUAUAUAGUAGGGUGGUGGAAGAUGGGACACCGUUUUAUUCUAUUUUCUCUCUUAUUUGGUAGUAAACAAAGAAAAUUACUUUACGACUCCCAUCGACCCUUGUUAAUUGUUUAAAACACGAUCAGGAUAUUUGAACAUUAUGUGUUGAAGAUGUCCCAUCUUCCCCCACAGUACUCUACAUCGAAUAUAUUAACGUAACAUAAGCGUUAUAUAAACUGUGUCGAAUGUUUUAUGUAGAAUAGCUGCCUUUUUUGCUUUGAAAUUUCGCUACUUAGCCUGCGUUCUAUUUUAUACCUUAAUUUUUAAUUGGCUACAGGUAGUCUAAUCUUCCGUAUAUCACCUAUUUGUUGUUGCCCUGUACAAAAAUGUAAAUGCAUGUUUGGACGACAAAUAUUUUAAGAAUAAUCCGCAGGUAA